UGGACGUUGCCCGCUCCCGGCGGCCCGGGCAGGGAAGGCGAGCAUGGCCGGCAUCACUCAACUCUUCGACGAUCUGUGCGAAGCCCUCUUGCCGGUCACCCGGGCCCGCCCCGGCCUGCGCAGCGUGGACCGGAAGAGAGCGAAGCAGACCCUCAAGAAGGUGGCCUACAAUGCCCUUUUCGCAGACCUCUUUCAAGAGGACACUCGUCAGCUGCGGCCCAACCUGCCGAAACUCCCAGUGAAAAACAAGGUCCUCAUGAUGUCCUUUGACUUGCGGGUGGGUGGCCUGGGCCCCGAGGCUGACCGCUUGGAGGAGCUCGUGGAGGAGCUGCAGGCAGCCCCUGGCUGUCCGUUUGUGGAGGUGGGGUCGGUGUUGGAACUCCUGGUUCAGCUGGCUGGCAGCGGCCCUCCUCAGAUCCUGCGCAGGAAACGAGACUACUUCAAGAAGCAUGCAGGUAGAAACGUUCCCUACAGCGGCUAUGAUUGCUGUGACCUGAGUGUGCUUGAGAUGGAUGUUCGGUCUCUGAUCUCCAGAGAAGGGUAUUUGUGUCAGAACAUGAUCCAGGAAACACUUCAGAUGAUGGAGGCUGCUCCAGGAACCCAUCUGCCCACCAUGGGGCACUUCUCAUUUGGUGACCCUUGUGGUGACAAGUUUGAGAGAGACACUCGGGUCUCACUUUUUGGUGCCCUGGUUCACUGCCGAACUUACGACAUGGAUGUGCGACUAGACCUGCCCCCAGUGCCAGACAGCGCAGACCUCUCUGGACUGGCCAUUAAGGUCCCUCAGAGCAUGGAUCAGUGGGAAGAUGAAGGGUUCCAGUCAGCAUCCAAUUUGACUCCUGAUUCCCAGUCUGAACCAAGCAUGACCCCAGAUGUGGACUUAUGGGAAGUUGCCCUCACAUAUGAGGCCAGCAAGCGGAGGUGCUGGGAGAGAAUCGGAUGUCCUCCUGGCCACAGAGAAGAGCCCUACCUCACAGAGGCAGGCAGGGACGCCUUCGACAGGCUCUGCAGACUCCGCCAAGGGGAGCUGCAGGUGCUCAGUGGGGGCCUUCUUCAGGCCCCCAGGCCUGUGCUAGUGAAGGAGAGCGAGCUGGUAAAGGAUUCACUGAACGUCCUUCUGGGAGUUGUUUCUGCCACAUUUUCCCUCUGCCAGCCAACUCAGGCCUUUGUGGUGGAGCGGGGCGUCCACGUGGCAGGCACCUCACCCGAGAGCAUCUGUAGCAUCCUGUCCCAGGUAGCUGAGUACGGGACCCACUACAUGCGCCUGAGCCACUUUUCUCUGCAGCCUGUCCAGGGCUCCAUGUGCAGCAGAGGCCUCGUGUUCCAGGCCUUCACCAGUGGCUUGAGACGGUACCUGCAGUAUUACCGGGCCUGCGUCCUCUCCACGCCACCUACCUUGAGCCUCCUCAGCAUCGGCUUUCUCUUCAAGAAACUAGGCAGGCAGCUCAGGUACCUAGCUGAGUUGUGUGGUGUUGGCACUGCCCUCCCGGGGACCACUGGAGGGGAGACCAGGGCUGCGUUCCCCACUGGAGUGAAGUUGCUGUCCUACCUCUACCAGGAAGCACUGGACAACUGCAGCAAUGAGCACUACCCAGUGCUGCUAGCCCUGCUGAAGACCAGCUGCGCCCCCUACACACAGUUCAUCCAUGACUGGGUGUACAGUGGGGUUUUCAGAGAUGUUUGUGGGGAGUUCAUGAUCCAGGUGAACCACGAGUACCUGGGCUGCAGAGACAAAUUCUACUGGACCCAUGGCUACGUGCUCAUUUCCAAAGAGGCAGAGGACUGUGUCCCCGUGUUUCUGAAGCACAUUGCUCACGACGUGUACAUCUGCGGGAAGACCAUCAACCUGCUGAAGCUCUGCUGUCCCCGGCACUACCUCUGUUGGUCUGAUGUCCCUGUACCUCGCAUCUCGGUGAUUUUCUCCCUCAAGGAGUUGAAGGAGAUUGAGAAGGACUGUGCUGUCUAUGUUGGUCGAAUGGAGAGGGUGGCCCGUUACAACUCUAUCAGCAAGGAGGAGAAGGAAUUACAUAUGGAAAUUGCCAAGCAAGAACUAAUUGUCCAUGCUCGGGAAGCAGCAUCCAGGGUGCUGAGAGACCUAAGUGACCGCCAGGUGUCUGAGCAGAUGGCCCUCCAUGCUCGGAAGCGGGAGCAGUUUCAGCGGCUGAAGGAACAGUUUGUGAAGUCCCAGGAGCGACUCCUGGCGGCCAGACUGGAGGAGAUGGAUGAUGACCUGAGCACUGCCCCAGAGCUCCGUGACCGGGAGAAGAGACUGAAGGCCCUGGAGGAGGAGCUAGAGAACAAGGCCAGGCAGGCGCUGGUUGACCAUUAUAGCAAGUUGUCUGCAGAGGCAGCUCAUCGGGAACAAAAGGCGCUGUGGAGGAUCCAGAGGCACCGCCUGGAAAGUGCACGACUUCGUUUCCUCCUAGAAGAUCAGAAGCAAAUCCAGGGGAUGCUGAGAGACAGGUCGGAAGCUGGUCAGCCCCAGGAGACGCUGGGUAUUCUCCCCAUCUCACAUGACCAGGUCACAUCUCUAGGAUCUGAGCUCCCAGAUGGAGGCUGUGGCCAUGAAUCAGUUCCCACAGAGCAGCAGGCCAAGCAGGAUUGCCUAAGCAGGCCGAGUGCACACACCCCACAGUCCCCUGAGUCUCGGGCAGUUGGGGAUGAGGGCUCCAGCUCUGAACCAUUUCCUGCUGCCCUCAACAUCGUGGAUUUCUUGCCUAUGGCAACGGGGUCUAAGCAGGCCGUGCCAGAUGCAGGAGCCCCCCUCCUGGAAGAGGCACUGCAGACCAUCUGCGCAGACCUCACCCCUGUUGCCCCUGGGCAGGCACCUUCAGCUACUGGCAUGCACACCACCCCAGUGGAGUAUGAUUUCAGUACUGUCCUGAGGCCAACUGUGGCCACUUUGCCUUCACCAAGGCUCUUUCAGACUAUCCAGGGUAGCUUGGGCAGUACAGAGCAUCCAUCAGGACACACACAACUGAAAUUGGAUGUCUGUGCCUAUAACACACAGAAGCCUCUACCUUACCUGCUCAGAUGUGUCAGUCCUGAGGCAGAUAGUCAGCCUAUACAGCAGCUCCUUGAGCAAAGGGCAGAGGCUGCACCCACAGAGGACUGUGCUUCUGGAAUGGCUCUGUCCCGGCCACGGUGGAGCGUCCACGGACAUGCAUCGGAUGCCAGCAUCAGAGUUGGGGAGAAUGUGUCAGACGUGGCUCCUGCCCGUCCACGAUGGAACGUCCACGGACAUGCAUCAGAUGCCAGCAUCAGAGUUGGGGAGAAUGUGUCAGACGUGGCUCCUGCCCGGCCACGGUGGAGCGUCCACGGACAUGCAUCAGAUGCCAGCAUCAGGAUUGGGGAGAACAUGUCAGACGUGGCUCCUGCCCGUCCACGGUGGAACGUCCACGGACAUGCAUCGGAUGCCAGCAUCAGGAUUGGGGAGAACGUGUCAGACGUGGCUCCUGUCCGGCCACGGUGGAGCAUCCACGGACAUGCAUCAGAUGCCAGCAUCAAGAUUGGGGAGAACGUGUCAGACGUGGCUCCUGCCCGGCCACGGUGGAACGUCCAUGGACAUGCAUCAGAUGCCAGCAUCAAGAUUGGGGAGAACGUGUCAGACGUGGCUCCUGCCCGGCCACGGUGGAACGUCCAUGGACAUGCAUCGGAUGCCAGCAUCAGGGUUGGGGAGAAUGUGUCAGACGUGGCUCCUCAGUUACUGCAGGACACCCAUGGGUGCAACUCUCAGUGCCCCAUGAUUCCAGGGGUGCUUUCUCCAGAAGCUGAGCCCAAAUCUCCCAGGUCCCCCCAGAAUCCUGGCCUUACCCCGGAAACACACAGCUCUGCUCUGAACUGUGGGCCACAGCUGCCUGAAGACGUGGGGCCUGCCUUCUACCCCUCAAGCCCAAGUGUUGUGGAGGGCAGCUUGCAGACCAGGCCCCCUGCUGCAGCUGAGCCCCGGGUUCUGGGAGAUCACAUUCCUGAAGAGCCAGGUCCAGGGGAGAAUGGAGACAACGGAGGCAAUGCAGACCUCUCUCCAGACCUGCCCAAGAACUCAGAGGAAGAGACAGUGAGCCCAGGCUGCAGUGAGGAGGCGGUGGACACAGAUGUGGAGGCAGAGGCCAGGCGCCAGGAGGAGGAGCAGGCUUACCUGGCAGGGCUUGCCCGGCUGUAUCAUCUAGAGCAGUACCCAGACAACUACGAGUCUCUGUCAGAGCCGCCUCUCGCCCACCUGGUUCACCACGUGCUUCCCCAGGCCUUCGCCCUCCCUGUGGACCCCCAGAUCCAGUCAGCUGUGGACGAGACCGUGGUCCAGCUGAGCGAGCUGCUGACGCUGCCUGUGCUCAUGAAGCGCUCCCUCACGGCACCGCUGGCCGCCCAUGUCUCCCUGGUGAACAAAGCUGCAGUAGACUACUUCUUCGUGGAGCUUCACCUGGAGGCGCACUUCGAGGCGCUACGGCACUUCCUGCUGAUGGAGGAUGGAGAGUUUGCUCAGUCCCUUAGUGACCUGCUCUUUGAGAAGCUCGGGGCCGGGCAGACCCCGGGGGAGAUCCUCAACCCGCUGGUCCUCAACUGCAUCCUGAGCAAGGCGCUGCAGUACAGCCUCCACGGGGACACCCCUCAUGCGGCCAACCUGUCCUUUGCCCUCAAGUACCUGCCCGAGGUGUUUGCCCCCAAUGCCCCAGAUGUGCUGAGCUGCCUGGAGCUCAGGUACAAGGUUGAGUGGCCCCUCAACAUCGUCAUCACCGAGAGCUGCCUGAGCAAGUACAGUGGCAUCUUCUCCUUCCUGCUGCAGCUGAAGCUCAUGAUGUGGACGCUGAAGGACAUCUGCUUCCACCUCAAGCGCACAGCCUUGGUGAGCCAGGUGGCCAGCUCUGUGCAGUUCCGCCAGCUGCAGCUGUUCAAACACGAGAUGCAGCACUUUGUGAAGGUCAUCCAGGGCUACAUCGCCAACCAGAUCCUGCACGUGAGCUGGUGUGAGUUCAGAGCUCGGCUGGCUGCAGUGGGCGACCUUGAAGAGAUCCAGCGUGCUCAUGCCGAGUAUCUACACAGAGCCGUCUUCAGGGGCCUGCUGACAGAGAAGGCCGCGCCGGUCAUGAACAUCAUUCACAGUAUCUUCAGCCUGGUGCUCAAGUUCCGGAGCCAGCUUAUCUCUCAGGCCUGGAGCCCAACCAGUGGACCCCGAGGCGCAGAACACCCCAACUUUGCCCUCAUGCAGCAGUCCUACAGUACCUUUAAGUACUAUUCCCAUUUUCUUUUCAAAGUGGUUACCAAGCUGGUAAACCGAGGCUACCAGCCCCACCUAGAAGACUUUCUGCUGCGGAUCAACUUCAACAACUACUACCAGGAUUCCUGAGGCCGAUCAGACUAAGCUCAGCAGGGCUCAGCUGCUCUAGCCGAGACUGUUGCUCCAUGCGUUCCAGCUCCUUUGUGACAUUUGCCUGGGUGCCAAUGAGUGCAAAGAGCUGUGGGUUCGAUUGUGCCAGCAUCAGCAUCAUGGAGAGUUGUCUGCAUGGAAGGGCAGCGGGGAGAACGCCUCAGCCAAGAGCAGCAGAGGGAUGGGGCCUGCCCGGCUGCGAGGCCUGGGUGGGCAGCCCCACAGAUGCUGCAGUCUGGCUGGAGAGGACAGGACAUUUGUGAGAGUCUCUAGCUACAUGCCACUUCCGCCCUGCUUGUAGGGAGGUCAUGUCCCUGCUCCCCACUAAAUUCCUUCCCGUAUGACCA